AUGGCCGAUCUCACAUCAUCUUUCUCCUUCCUGACAGAAAAUCCCGCUGCCGCGGCGAUUAAAGAUGCAUACAACUCGUUCUCCGACCGGAGGGCGUUGCUCAACUUGCCCAACCCCGGUACCGUGGACAACCUCGCCCGCGAGGUCCAGAAGGACGUCCUAUUGACCAACUUCAUGUUCUCCGGCCUGCGUGCCGACUUGACCAAGGUCUUCGGCAUGUCCCCUCUGUUCCGUGUGUCUCAUGCGUUCUCCAUGGGCUCAUCCGGCAACAUGCCUCCUUACAACUUCUCCGCCAUGUACGGAAGCCCCAAGGUCUUCAUGCAAGGUAACCUCGGAAGUGACGGUACCCUUGCCGCGGUCUACAACUAUCGCUGGAACCCGGCUCUCGUCACCAAGACCAACGCGCAAAUUAUGGCUGGUGGAUCCCAGGGUCUGCUUCAAAUCGACAACGACUACACUGGUGCCGAUUUCUCAGCCUCUCUGAAGGCCUUCAACCCAUCCACCCUCGAAGGCGGCCUGACUGGUAUCUUCGUCGGUAGCUACCUCCAGUCCAUCACACCCGGAUUGGCUCUUGGUUUCGAGGCCAUCUGGCAGCGCCAGGCCAUGGGCGCUCGCCCGGAGACUGCCCUGUCUUACUGCGCCAAGUACAAGGGAGAUGACUGGAUCGGUACCGCUCAAUUGCAAGCCCAGGGUACCUUUGCUGCCACCUACUGGCGCAAGCUCUCUGAACGUGUGGAGGCUGGUAUUGAUAUGAACCUCCAGUUCGCUCCCAAUGCUGCUGCUAUGAUGAUGGGCGGUCCUAGCCGCGAUGGAACCACUGCUAUCGGUGCCAAGUACGAUUUCCGUGCUUCCUCUUUCCGUGCUCAGGUCGACAGUGCUGGUAAGGUUAGCUGCCUGCUUGAGAAGCGCAUUGCCAUGCCCAUCUCUCUUUCUUUUGCUGGUGAGAUCGACCAGGCCAAGCAAACCGCCAAGGUUGGCCUUGCCGUCUCCCUUGAGAUCGCUGGCGAGGAGUUGAUGGAGCAGCAGGAGACUGCUGACGCUGCCAGCAUGGUCCCUCCCCCCUUCUAA